AUGAAUUCUACGUGUUCCAGUUUUCCGGAGGACCCAGAUAAAUGUGAUACCAUUGUCAUUGCCAGAAAGGCUUCGGGUUCUUUUUCCUUUGUUGGAUGUUUGUUUAUAAUAUUCAUCAUUUGGCUGUUUCGGAGAUACAUUAUUUUUACUCAGCGUUUAAUACUGUACCUGAGUAUCGCAGCUUUUCUAGACAGCAUUGCAUAUUUAAUGAGUUCUGAUAUCGUUGAUGGCCCGACCUGCAACUUUCAAGGCUGGUGGCUGACAUUUUUUGACUGGCAAGUUCUGCUGUCCGUGUCCUGUAUUACUUUCAACUUGUUCAUGAGUGUUAUCUGGCAAGUCAGAACGGACAGAUUUGAGUGGCUGUAUCUAGGUGUCUGCUGGACAGUUCCUCUUGUCAUCUCUUGUUUACCUUUCAUUGGUGAUCACUAUGGACCAGCCGGAGCAUGGUGCUGGAUCAUAGAAGAUUUUUCUUGGAGAGUUGGAAUAUGGUACGGGCCGCUGUUUAUUAUAAUCGCAUUUUUGAUUAUCACUUACGGCUACAUCACGUACAGCCUAAGUAGAAAAGCAUCCAGCUGGGAGGGCACGUAUGAUCCACACACAGAAAGACAACAUCAUCUCUUAAAAGAAGACAUCAAACCAUUAAGGGUGUAUCCGUUCGUCUACCUUGCAGUCUCAGUCUUUCCACUCAUAAACAGAAUACAGAACGCGAUUGCCCUAGACUCUGCUGUGUUCGCUCUCGUAUUGCUGGCAUCCAUCUCGGCCCCACUACAUGGUGCCUUGAAUGCGAUUGCUUUUGGCCUUGACAAGGAGACCUUGUUUAAACUCAGACCAAACCAGAUCAAGCUUGCUUUUCAGGCAAAGAUGGCGCCCAGAUCCAGUGUUAAAGAAUACCCACAGCCUUCGAUGGACACUGAUGAGCUUCAUGAGUAG